AUGAACAAUUUAAAAAAAUACGACAAUCCAGUAAAUUUUGAAGAUAGACCACGCAACAGAGACAAAAGUCCAUAUCCACACAAAUCAGAUUACAAAGGCAAGAGCAAUUAUAGGGAAAAAAGUCCUUAUCCCGAUAGGUACAACGACUAUAAGUUCAGAGAAAGUAGUAAAGAUAGAUAUAAUAACCAUAAAUACAGAGAUAACAGCAGAGAAAUUAGCAAUAAUAGAGAUAGGUCUUAUUCUAGGGAUAGGAAAAACUCCUACGACAGGUCCAGAGAUACAAGCAGAAAUAGAUAUAACAACAGAAAUCGUGGAGAUGACGCAAAUAGAAAACAGCACAGUAGGGACAACAGCAGAGAAAGAUACUCAACACCGGAAAAAUUUAAUGGAAGAGAAAACAUAAUAUGCUACAAAUGCAAUGAAAAGGGACAUUAUGCAAACGAUUGCAAUUUUUCAAAAAACGAAUAG